AUGUCUGCCUCUCUACCUGGCAAUCGGGAGCUGCCCGACUCUCAGUAUGAUCUGAGCACAUACUGGGGACGGGUCAGACAGACAGCGGGCAUUACGGAUCCGAGGACAUUGCUCGUGGGCAAGACGGGUCUGGAACAAGCCAAGAAAGCCCUGGUCUCGUACAAGCUGGGAGAGACGAAAGAGAUGACACCCGAGCUAUGGAAGGCGAAGAAGAUUGUGGACGCAACAUUACAUCCUGAUACGGGCGAACCGGUGCUCCUACCUUUCCGCAUGUCAUGCUUCGUCCUAUCUAACUUGGUUGUGACGGCCGGCAUGUUGACGCCUGGUCUUGGGACUACGGGCACCAUUCUCUGGCAGGUCGCUAACCAGUCGCUCAACGUGGCCAUCAACAACGCCAACGCGAACAAGUCGUCGCCCCUAUCAUGGGAAAAGAUUGCCAAGUCCUACUUCCUCGCCGUCGGCGCCUCCUGCACCGUCGCAGUCGGCCUGAACUCCCUCGUCCCCCGCCUCAAGAGCCUCUCGCCCUCCACGAAGCUCAUCAUGACCCGCCUCGUGCCCUUCGCGGCCGUCGCCUCGGCCGGCGCGCUGAACGUGUUCCUGAUGCGCGGCGAGGAGAUGCGCACGGGCAUCGACGUGUUCCCGGUGCUCGGCGAGGCGGACAAGCGCAAGCUGGCGGCCGAGGGCCGCCCCGAGUCGGACGUGCCGAGCCUGGGCAAGAGCAAGAAGGCGGCGACGCUGGCGGUGGCCGAGACGGCGCUGAGCCGCGUGCUCAACAGCAGCCCGAUCAUGGUGAUCCCGCCCCUGAUCCUCGUGCGCCUGCAGCGCACCGAGUGGCUCAAGCGCAACCCGCGCUACACGCUGCCGCUGAACCUGGGCCUCAUCCUCGCGACCAGCUACGCCGUCCUGCCGCUGGCGCUGGCGGCGUUCCCGCAGCGGCAGAGCGUCAGCGCCGAGAGCCUCGAGGAGGAGUUCCACGGCCGGGGAGGCGCGGGCGGCUUGGUCGUCUUCAAUAGGGGUAUCUGA